AUGGCAACACUCCAGGAUAUUGGUGUAUCAGCAGGGAUAAACAUCCUCACUGCAUUCAUUUUCUUCAUAAUCUUUGCUGUUCUUAGGCUUCAGCCAUUCAACGACAGAGUCUACUUCUCGAAAUGGUACCUCAAGGGCUUGAGAAGCAGCCCUGCAAGUGGCGGCGGAGCGCGGUUCCUGAACCUUGACUUGAGAUCAUACCUCAGGUUCUUGAAUUGGAUGCCUGAAGCUCUCAAGAUGCCUGAGCGUGAGCUGAUUGAUCAUGCUGGUCUUGACUCUGUUGUGUAUCUCCGGAUUUACUUGCUUGGGCUUAAGAUCUUUGCUCCAAUAGCACUACUUGCCUGGACAGUUAUUGUACCUGUGAAUUGGACGAACCACACGUUGGAGUUAGCUAAGCAGUUAAAGAAUGUAACUGCUAGUGAUAUUGACAAACUGUCAAUUUCAAACAUCCCAGAGUAUUCAAAUAGGUUUUGGACUCAUAUCAUAAUGGCUUACGCUUUCACAAUCUGGACUUGUUAUAUGCUAAUGAAGGAGUAUGAGACAGUUGCUAACAUGAGGCUUCAGUUUGUUGCCUCAGAAGCUCGUCGACCUGACCAGUUCACUGUUCUCGUUAGGAAUGUACCUCCGGAUACAGACGAAUCUGUUAGUGAGCUUGUGGAGCAUUUCUUCCUAGUCAAUCACCCUGAUCACUACCUCACACAUCAGGUUGUAUGCAAUGCAAACAAGCUCGCCGAUUUGGUUAGUAAGAAGAAGAAGCUGCAGAAUUGGCUUGACUACUAUCAGCUCAAAUGCUCUAGAAAUAACUCUCAGAUCAGACCUAUGGUGAAGCUUGGCUGCCUUGGCUUGUGUGGACAAAAAGUUGACGCAAUAGAGCAUUACAUAGCUGAAGUUGACAAAAUCUCAAAAGAGAUCGCUGAAGAAAGGAAGCAUGUGGUGAAUGAUCCAAAGUCAAUCAUGCCAGCAUCUUUCGUCUCCUUCAAAACCCGUUGGGCUGCUGCGGUUUGCGCUCAGACCACACAGACCCGAAACCCGACCGAGUGGCUAACCGAGUGGGCUCCAGAGCCACGAGAUGUGUUUUGGCCAAACCUUGCAAUGCCGUAUGUCUCUUUGACUAUAAGAAGAUUGGCCAUGAGUGUAGCCUUCUUCUUCCUUACCUUCUUUUUCAUCAUCCCUAUCGCAUUUGUACAAUCUCUUGCUACCAUUGAAGGAAUUGAGAAAGUUGCGCCCUUCUUGAAACCCAUCAUCGAAGAUAAGUUCAUAAAAUCGGUGAUACAAGGUUUGCUAGCUGGUAUUGCGCUGAAGCUUUUCCUCAUCUUUCUCCCAAGCAUACUCAUGACCAUGUCUAAAUUCGAAGGCUUUACUUCACUCUCAUUUUUAGAAAGAAGAUCAGCUUCUAGAUAUUACAUAUUUAACUUAGUGAACGUCUUUCUUGCAAAUGUUCUCGUUGGAGCUGCGUUUGAGCAGCUCAGCUCUUUCCUCAACCAAUCGGCAAAUCAGAUUCCUAAGACUAUUGGUGUGGCGAUACCGAUGAAAGCAACCUUCUUUAUCACUUAUAUAAUGGUUGAUGGUUGGGCAGGAGUUGCAGGAGAGAUCCUCAUGCUUAAACCUCUCAUUAUCUUCCACCUCAAAAACGCUUUCUUGGUGAAAACAGAGAAAGACAGAGAAGAAGCAAUGGACCCUGGAAGCAUCGGUUUCAACACAGGAGAGCCUCAGAUACAGCUUUACUUCCUUCUCGGUCUUGUCUACGCUCCCGUGACGCCCAUGCUUCUUCCUUUCAUCCUAAUCUUCUUCGGUCUUGCCUACAUCGUGUACCGUCACCAGAUCAUAAAUGUGUAUAAUCAAGAAUACGAGAGCGCUGCAGCGUUUUGGCCAGAUGUUCAUGGACGAGUUAUAGCGGCACUGAUCAUAUCUCAGUUGCUUCUGAUGGGUUUGUUGAGUACGAAACACGCUGCUUCAGCUGCACCGUUCCUCAUCGCUCUUCCCGUGCUUACCAUCGGUUUCCACCGCUUCUGUAAAGGCCGUUACGAGCCCGCCUUUGUUCGUUACCCCUUGCAGGAGGCUAUGAUGAAAGAUACGUUGGAGAGAGCAAAGGAGCCGAACCUGAACCUGAAAGGGUACCUGCAAGAUGCUUAUAUUCAUCCGGUUUUCAAAGGCGGUGACGAUGACGACGAUGAUGACAUGGUCGGGAAAUUGGAGGAGGAAGUCAUCAUAGUGCCGACGAAACGCCAGUCGCGGAGGAACACUCCGGCACCAAGCAGGAUCAGCGGCGAAUCCUCUCCGUCUCUGGCCGGUUUUAAUGGUAAAGAAGUCUAG